AUGUCCAAUCAAACCACCCUGAAGGAGUUUCUUCUCAUGGGAUUUUCUGAUGUUCGUGAGUUGCAGCUUCUCCACUUUGUGAUGUUUCUGGUCAUUUACCUGGUGGCCUUGGUGGGGAAUCUUCUCAUCAUCACGGUUGUGGCCUUCAACCACCAACUUCACACCCCCAUGUACUUCUUCCUUGGAAACUUGUCCUUCCUUGACAUCUGCUACAUCUCCGUCACGGUCCCUAAAUCCAUGGCCAACUCCUUAACCAACACCAAGCUGAUCUCUUUCGCUGGCUGUGUCGCCCAAGUCUUCUUGGUGCUCACCUUGGCUUUUGCAGAGAUGAUUCUUCUCAUGAUCAUGGCGUAUGACCGCUACGUUGCCAUCUGCCGCCCCCUGCACUACAGGGUGAUCAUGAACAAGUCUGUGUGCGCUCAGAUGGCGUUGGGGUGCUGGGUUGGUGCUGUCUUCUACUCGGUGAUGCAAACGGGUAACACCUUCAGGUUGUCGUUCUGCCGCUCUAAAGUUAUCGGGCAGUUCUUCUGUGAUAUCCCACAGCUGCUCAAGAUCUCUUGCUACGAUACGUCCGCUAACGAAGCCUUGGUGAUUGUCUGUGUUUUAUUUUUCGGGUUCCUGUUCGUCAUUUCGAUAUUCGUGUCCUAUAGUCACAUCUUCUCCACCAUUCUCAGAAUCCCUUCCGCGCAGGGCAAGUACAAAGCCUUCUCCACCUGCCUGCCCCACCUGAUCGUUUUCUCGCUGUUUAUGAGCACCACCAUGUUCACCUACAUGCGACCGAAGUCCAUGUCCUCCCUCUACCAGGACCUGCUGGGCGCUGUGUUUUAUUCCGUGGCGCCGCCCCUGCUGAAUCCGAUAGUUUACACCCUGAGAAAUAAGGAGAUAAAAGAUGCCCUGAGGAAAAUGCUGCUCAGGAUAGUCUUGGUAAAACACGCAUCAUGA